UCAGUGUCAUUACAGUGACAAGUGACAAGUUUGAAAAAAUAUUAAUUUUCGCAAUUUAAUUCAAAUGAAAUAGUUUUUUAGUAGUUUAAAUCUGAAUUAAUCUUCUUGUUUAGAAUACUAUUUUUUCUGAAUUUCAUCACACAAUGGCUCCAAAAGCUGGCGGAGAUUCUGCCAAGGGUAAUUCAACGGUAUAUAAAGAUAAAAGCAAACCUACUGAUAUUCGUCUCAGCAAUAUAAAUGCCGCAAAAGCUGUAUCUGAUGCUAUCCGCACCAGUCUGGGCCCCCGUGGCAUGGACAAGAUGAUUCAAGCAGCCAAUGGUGAAGUUACUAUCACCAACGAUGGUGCCACUAUCCUGAAACAGAUGAGUGUAAUUCACCCUGCAGCCAAAAUGCUGGUGGAGUUAUCUAGGGCUCAGGAUAUUGAAGCAGGCGAUGGCACAACAUCAGUGGUGGUUAUUGCAGGAGCUCUACUAGAUGCCGCUGAGAAGCUACUGCAGAAAGGCAUCCAUCCCACAGUCAUAUCUGAUGGAUUCCAGAAGGCUCUCCAAAUGGCUCUACAGGUGGUUGAAGGAAUGUCGACACCAGUUGACCUGACUAAUGAAGAUGCACUACUAAAAGCUGCUGCUACAUCUCUCAAUUCCAAGGUGGUGUCACAGCAUUCAACUAUAUUAGCUCCAAUCGCAGUGCAGGCAAUUUGUACAGUGAUGGAGCCGGUGGAGGGAGGCGUGGGCGCGCGCGUCGACCUGCGCGACGUGAAGGUGAUCGAGCGCAUCGGCGGCACGGUGGAGGACACGGAGCUGGUGCCGGGGCUGGUGAUCCCGCGCCGCCCCGCCAACGUCAACGGCCCGCACCGCAUCGAGAAGGCCAGGGUCGGCCUCAUCCAGUUCUGCAUCUCGCCGCCCAAGACUGAUAUGGACCAUAAUGUGAUUGUGUCGGACUACGCUGCGAUGGACCGAGUGUUGAAAGAAGAGCGUCAGUACAUCUUAAAUAUUGUGAAGCAAAUCAAGAAGGCCGGCUGCAAUGUGCUUUUGGUUCAAAAAUCUAUUUUGAGAGAUGCACUUUCCGACCUUGCCAUUCACUUCUUGGACAAAAUCAAGACAAUGGUCAUCAAAGAUAUUGAACGUGAAGACAUAGAAUUUGUUUGCAAAACACUGGGAUGUCGGCCCAUCGCUUCCUUGGACCAUUUCACUGCUGAAAAUCUGGUCAACGUAGAUCUUGUUGAAGAAGUUAAUGAACCCACUGGAAAAUACAUUAAGAUGACGGGCGUGUCGGGCGGGCGCACGGUGUCGGUGGUGGUGCGCGGCACGAGCGGCGCCGUGGUGGCGGAGGCGGCGCGCUCGCUGCACGACGCGCUGUGCGCCGUGCGCUGCGUGGCGCGCCGCCCCGCGCUGCUGGCCGGCGGCGGAGCGCCCGAGGCGGCGGCCGCGGCGGCCCUGGCGCGCGCCGCCAUCGCCGCGCCCGGCGCCGACCACUACUGCCUGCGCGCCUACGCCGACGCGCUCGAGGUCAUCCCCUCCACGCUCGCCGAGAACGCAGGUCUGAACCCGAUCGAGACGGUGACGGAGCUGCGCGCGGCGCACGCGAGCAGCGCGGCGAGCGGGGCGGCGAGCGGCGCCGGCGUCAACGUGCGGCGCGGGCGCGUCACCGACAUGCGCCACGAGCACGUGCUGCAGCCGCUGCACGUGACCGCGUCCGCGCUCGCGCUCGCCACCGAGACCGUGCGCGCCAUACUCAAGAUUGACGACAUCAUCAACACAGUCAAUUGAGCAGCAAUGCAUUUAAACAGAACUACUUUUAAUUAACAAAAUAGUUUCUCAAAAUGAAAGUAUUAUUUUUAGUACAUCACUGUUUAUAAGUAAAAAAUACAUACAUAUUAUUUUUUUAAAAUACAUUAAUAACCAGUUUAAUAAUAUAAUUAUUUUAUAUUAUUCUCAAUUUAUGUUAUGGAAUUGUUGUUUAUUUUACAAAUGAAUGUCAUUUGAGCUUGUACUGUUUCUCAUAGAAGAAAUCGCUAGAUAUAAUAAAGGAGCUUUAGAAGAUUAAUUUAAUAAAUAACUUACUAAGAACA